GUUUUAUUGGAAAGACGUACUGAUAUUAACGUAUUUUCAUGUGUAAAAGAUACUCUUGUAUCAAUUUUUCAUUCAUUUAAUCAGUUUUUUAACGACAUAAAUAUUAAUGAUUUGUAAUCUUCAAUCAUGGCAAAUCAAAGAUUAUCGGAUACAGUGACUUUAUCUGUUGGUUCCGUGUUAUUCAAAACAACAAGAAGUUUAUUAAAAACAUUUGAUGGAACAUUGUUAUCAAAUCUCGAUGAGCUAUCUACAGAGUUUGACGCACGCGAAAAUGUCUACUAUUUUGAUCGGGAUCCGGAACUCUUCCGGCAUAUCUUAAAUUCCUAUCGACUCAAAGAGGUCCAUAUACCAAGAACAGUUUGUCCGUUAGUAUUCAAAAAGGAGAUGGAGUUUUGGAGUAUACCAAUUCAGAUGAUUGCCCCAUGUUGCUGGCAAUACCUGUACGAAUCUGAAAAUAACCUGGCCGAUCUUAAUAUAGUUAUGAAUGAGGACAAUGAUUAUAAGAAAAAAUGGAGCAAACAUAAUCAUGUUAUACCAGGUGAGAAAGACGUUGCUACAUCAGCAGAAAUGCAAGAUGGGACGGGACAAGAGAUACACAAAAAAGGUAUAGAAGAGAAUGGAUCAAGAAGAUCUAAAAUCUGGUUAUUUCUCGAAGAACCAGCGUCUUCAACAGCAGCAAAGGUCUGGUAUUAUUUCUACAUCUUUGUUGUACUGGUAAGCGUAGUCCUUUAUCUUAUCUGGUUGGUUCCGUCAGUAAGAGUAUCAAGAUACCUCUCAACACUUGACCAGGACAGUAUCGACGUGUUUAGUCUAAACAGCACAGCCUACGAAGAUUUACAAAAGACCUACAAUGAAAAGAUUAUGAUGGCGGGAGGAACGGAUCCACAUCCAGUUUUGCUUGCCGUAGACGUGUUUUGUAUAGUAUUCUUCGCUUUUGAAUUGUUACUAACAGUCUCUGUAUGUCCAAACAAAAAAGCGUAUUUCUGUGAUAUAUACAAUUUGAUAAAAGUUAUUGUAUGUUUAUGUAUGACGAUCACAGUGGUUAUGGAGAUAAACAAAGACAUUUUGAAAGAAAACAAUCGGGUCGCUCAUUUCAUGAUGGCAUGUAGGGGGUUGGCAUCAUUACGAUUGUUGCUGAUAUUCAGACUUAGAAAAAUCUUCAAUUCCUUGCAUAUCAUGUUAGUUGCUCUAAAACACAGUCUUAAGGAGCUGAUGCUUCUUUUAUUCACGUUUCUUGUGCUUGUCGUCAUUUAUGCAUGCCUGAUUUUCUCUGCUGAAAUAGAGAGUGACAUGUUCCCAAACACUCAGUUGACAAUGUGGUGGGCGGUGAUUACGAUGACAACUGUCGGAUAUGGGGAUUUUUAUCCAGUCAGCACGUUUGGCUACAUCCUAGGCGUAGUUUGUGCAAUAAAUGGAAUAAUUGUACUGGCAUUACCCAUCGCUGCUAUAGCUGGAGUAUUCAGUAAUUUGUUUUCCAGAAAUAGUGAAUUUCAAAGGCACAAGAAGGCUGUCAGAGAUGAUAAAGGUGUUUUGACGGCAAAGACAUAAGAAAUACAAUUAUUUGUAAGAAUUGAAUAUCUCCGGUUUCGGGAAGUUUUUGCUUUCGUGUCAUGAAAAUAGAGAAAAUAAGAAUCCCUAAAGAAAGUCCAAACGGCAAAAUUGAGAGUGUUACAGACUCGGUAACUCUUGUUCAAAUACAUUAAUCGUAUGUCAUGGAUCACAUCAGCAGGCAAUCUAAGACGAUUUAUCAUAUAUUUAUCAUAUUUUCUACCAUUAAAAAUAUAAUUUAGCCAAUAACAUUAUAGAUAUAAUUAUUUCUUACGAUUGUUUUUAUGCCUACAAACAAUCUUUCAAAUUAAGAUAUGUCCAAAUCGAUUCGCACUGUAUUUAACUCCUCCGAUAUGACUCUGUAUACAUGUAUAUUAUUUUAUAAUACUUUGAUGUUUGUCAAUAUAUGACUUAUAGGUCAAUUUGGCCGGGCGUGCAUGUUGUUACACUUAUUUUUCAUAUAUCAUAUCUUUGAUUUUACACAUGUCACUAUAACAAAUGAAUUUCCUAUUUGAUCUUAUCUUAUCUUCACCUGGAUUUAAUCAUUGCUUUUUAUGGACAAAA